UCGGCCUCCAAAAGUGCUGAGAUUACAGGCGUGAGCCACCGUGCCUGGCCUAUUUUUACUUCCUGCUUUCCAAUCUGAAUGCCUUUUCUUUCUUUUUCUUGCCUAAUUGCUCUGGCUGGAAUCUCUAGCACGUUGUUGAACACAGUGGUAAGAGCACAUAUCUUUGUCUUGUUCCUGAUCUUAAGGAAAAGUUUUCAGUCUUUCACCACUAUAUAUGAUGUGAGCUGUUAGAUUUUCAAGGAUGCUCUUUAUCCAGCUGAAGACGUCCCCUUCUAGUUCUAAUUCAUGAAGUGUUUUUAUCCUUAAAGGGUACUGGAUUUUGUCAAAUGCUUUUCUGGCCUCUGUUGAAAAGAUCCUGUAUUCUUCUGUUAGUGUGAGGUGUUACAUUGAUUGAUUUUCAUAUGUUGAGCCAGUUUCCAUUUCUGGAAUACAUCCAACUCGGUCAUGGUGUAUAAUCCAUUGACUGCUGCUGAAUGUGAUUUACUUGUAUUUUGGUGCGGAUUUUUACAUCCGUAUUUAUAAGGGAUAUUGGUCUGGCGUUUUCUUAUGAUGUCUUCCUCUGGUUUUGAUAUCAGGAUAAUAUUAGCCUCAUAGAUUGGGCUAGGAAGUGUUCCCUCCUCUGUUUUUUUAGAAGAGAGAGAUGGGUGUUAAUUCUUGUUAGAACCUUUGGUAGAAUUUGCCAGUGAGCCUAUCUGGUCUCGGGUCUUUGGGAGAGUUUUGAUUCUGAGUCAGUCUAUGUAUUUGUUAUAGAUUGUACGGAUUGUCUAUCCUUGAGUCAGUUGCUAGCUUGUGUGUUUCUAGGAAUUUUUCCAUUUCAUCCAUGUUAUCUAAUCUGUUGGCAUACUGUUGUUCACGGGAUUUUCUUGAUGUGUGUGAGGUCUCUGAGAACGUGCCCGACUUCACUCCUGCUUUUAGUCACUGGCAUCUUCUUUUAGCUUGGGCCGUCUGGCUGUGCAUGGUUUUGGGGGAGUCCUCCUUGACCAUGCAGAUGCUGAGCAGUGACCUGGCUGGGAAAGGGGACCGGGAGUGCAGGGCACCUGCUGAGGACUCACCUAGGCCCAAGAUUCAGAGAGUCAGGGCUCCAACCACAUCCGCCUGCAUGCCUUUCCCAGGCUCUCCCCACACAGACAGCCAGCACCGCCUCCCCAAAGACUGGGCAGUUCCUGACCAGCACCCCACCAAGUCCUCAGUAAGGCCUGUCUUUGGGGGAGCAGGGUCUCAGGAGGAUGGCAGAGGUGGUGUGGAACUCACGUCUGGCAGUUCCCGGCCUCUCAGGAAGCUUUGCCACUGGCUUGGGGUUAAGUGGGUGUGGAGCUCUGAACCCUAAAGGGGUGAGAGUUGAAAUGGAAGCGGCAUCUGUAGUCCAUUUGGGGUACAGGUGCGUGCCAGGGGUCCUCAGCCCCGGCUGAUGGCCACAUGAACCGUGUGAGGAGAGGCAGGGCGUGUCAGCAGCAACCCUAAGUGUGUGCUCAUUUCCGUGGGCCCUGACUCGGUGACACUGCGGCUCUCCAGAGGGACGCUUUGAAAACAAAACAGGAAAGAACACGUGGCCCCGCGUCUUUUGCCUGAGUCACUGUAUUCCUUAAAAGAUGAAGGGCCCUGGUCCUUGGCUCUUCCUGCACGUGAGAAAAUGUUGGCCGAGGUUAGCGAUUAUGCUUCUGUAAUCUGUAACCAGAAGUGCUCUUACACCCAAGCCUUGGUGUGAUUCUGCUGUCAUGUAACUUCGGAGCCAGCUGGAUGGAAUUGACUGUGCAGGUCCUGAGCCCCGGCCCCCGCAUCCAAGCAGUGGGCCGAGACACUGAGCUGGGCAGUCAGACAGGACCUCUCUAAGGCUGUUCCUGGGCUGGGGCCUGGGUCUAGGAUUCUCAGUAAGACCUUUGAAUAAAACUAACUUGAAUUCUUGAAAA